AAGAAAGCUCUGUGCAAGCCUCAGGCCAACGAAAAUAUGCAGUGUGACUGGGUGCCCAUACAAACUGCUUCCCUAGGCAAACUUCCAGGAUAUCACGAAUCUGAGAUUACCUACUCGUUCGAUCUCCCUGAAAUUCCAGCCGAAGCAAAAGAGGUCCUCGUUUAUACAUUCAUGACUACGAUCGGAGAGGGCCCCUUUGAGCGAGGCUACUACGAGAUUUUCACGAGCGGCGGUGGCAAUGAUUUCAAGCAGUACAUGAACGUAGCCACUGGCGAUGGCGUCAACAUUGUCAACUCCAUCAACGCGUGGUUUCCUGUCAAGGAUAAGAGGGAGUUGAAAGUGAAGUUGUAUCACCCUACGAGUCUGAAAAGUAAGAAAAAGCACAUUGCAGGCAAGCUGGAACCUCGAGAUUGGAGCGAUGUGUACAUCAUCGGUUACAGAAUCUGA